AUGGCCGGACACUUUGCAGAGACAAUACACUUGCCGAUUGGUAUGUACGCCGCCAGCAAAUAUGCUUUGACUGCGUUGAGUACUGAAAUUCGUCACGAAAUCAUCCACGCCGGUCUGAACAUUAAAGUUACAAGUAUCAGUCCUGGAGCAGUCAUGACAGAUAUGUUGAGAGGUAUAGCCAAACUUGAUAGCCUUCUUGAUAAAAUACCCACAUUAAGUGCUGAGGACGUCGCUGAUGCAGUAAUGUAUGCCUUAGGAACACCACAAGGCGUGGAAGUAAGUACAAGAAAGCGUAUAUUACGUGAAUUACGGACAGAAUAA